AAUGUUGGCACCAGCCUCCAUUCACAGUGCUUCCAAGAGUGCGCUAGAAAACAGCAAUGGUGUCGACAGGCUCAGCAGCCUGCCUGAUGAGCUGCUGCACCAUGUGAUGUCCUUCUUACCAAUGCCAGAGGUCGUGCGCACGAGUCUUCUCUCAGUCAGGUGGCGCAGUCUCUGGGCCUCUACACCAUUCGUCCAUAUUGAUUACCAGGACUUCAAGGAUGAAAACAAGCCGAGGGGUGUGGAUGACGAAAAGCUGAAGGAGUUUGGAGACCACUUGCUGCUCUUGCGUGAUGACGCUGUUUGCUUGGAUGAGGCACGAAUCUUUGUCACUCAUGGCAGUAGUUGGAAUAAUUUUGCAUGGGUUCGUCAUGCCAUCAAGCACAAAGUUCGUCUCCUCCAGGUUUCUGGAUCGGUCCACUCUCCCUAUUUGGAUAGCACAUCAAUGUUUCCUUCUCAGCACCUCAAAAUAAUCAGGCUCCAAUCUCUGUUUUUGUGUCACCGAUUCUUUGAGAUGCUGAACAAUGAAUGGUCUGUGGUUGAAUAUUUAGAGCUGAAGGAAUGCAGUUUGAUUCGCGUGAAAGAGAUCUCAUCGAGGUCACUCAAGGUUCUGCAUAUGAUUCGCUGCUUUAACGGCGAGGGUCUCCUGAUUUGUGCUAGAAGCCUUACCGAUCUCUCUAUCCUUGACCCCACCUGUCUUGGUGCUAUAGUAACUAGGGAUUUGUCUUCUCUAGUAAAAGCUUCAGUUACUCUAAGUUCCGAGAGUUUAAAUUUUCCUAUCGACACCAUGGUGUAUGGUCAUCGUCUACUUGAUGGUCUUUCACAUGCCACAACACUGGAGUUGCACGCACCAUUACACGAGGUACAAAUGGGUUCCUUUUAUUUUCUGUACCAUUACAGGUUUAGGUGAAUAUAUUUUUCUUGGCUUGUUUGUAUUAUUGUAACAAGCUAUGACGAGAACAUCAUAUCAUCAACUAUCCAACUUUCUUUGUUCAAAAUGAAGCUCGCAUUUGAGAGAGGUAUGCAAACAUGCCCAAUGUUCAAUAACCUCACAAGCCUGCUGCUGGGGGAUUGGUGCAUGGGUGCCGACUUCUACCCACUUCUUCGCAUUCUCCAGCGCUCAAGCAAGCUGAAGGAACUAAAUGUGAAGCUCAAAAUGGAGGAAUGUAGUAUAUGCAAGAAAUCUGAAUCUGCCUUGUCUUCAUCAAGGGCCACAUUGUCGGGCAGAGGAAGCUAUCCUUCCAUUGAGAGGAUCAAAAUCUGUUGUCUUGAAGAAGAUCCAAGGGUCUAUGCGCUGGUUAAUGCGUUGCUACCUACCAUCAAUCCAGAUGGCAAGAUCAGUAUUGAGCGUUGCUGAUCUAUGUUAAUUAAGAUCUGACCUUGCUGUUUAUGUUAAGACUUGUCACCUUUUGGUAAUACUAAGUCUGUAGUCCUUCCAAA